CGUGAAGCCUAUCCAGGUUCGAAAAUCAUCACCAACGCGUCGCAUCCAUCUCUUCCAAUCUUAAUAAGACACUCUCCGACCGCUGACCGAAUUGAGGAGUGCGCCCAAGGCCGGCAGAUCACUCUUCGUCCCCUCUUUUCGAUAUCCUCAGCUUAGCCACCCAACCUCAGCCCAGUCACCAGGAGUUGUUCCAUUGUAGAACUGCGCCCAAGUUCAUCCAUACUCACAAGGCUACCCCCAGUCCCCGCCAAUCGAUCGUCAACCACAAUCUUCCAGUGUAAUAUCGAUGUCUGGUCAGUCACUUAACUGAUCGCCUUGACGAAGGCUGCCAAACAUCACCCAAGUCAUCGAUCACGGACGAGUCACCAUGGCUUCGGUCCAGUCUGCACCAACCAUGCAGGCCCAUAACACCGCUCUGCCACCGAACCUCUCCCAAGCCCAAGUGCAAGAAGUCUAUCAGAAAUUUCAGCGCAUGAAGGCCCAAAAUGUCCCCGAAACCGAUCCUGAGUACCUCAAAGCCCACCGCUUCCUUGCCGCGGUCCAACAGCAACAAAACUAUCGCAAGAUGGCUGCACUGCAGGCCCAAAAACAACAACUUCAAGCCCAGCAACAACAACCGGCCGCCCAACACCAACAACAACAAAUGUCACAGCAGCCUCAGGCUCAACCAAAUGGACAGCAAGCAAACGGCAACGCGAGCCAGCCUUCCACGAAUGGUACUAGCAUUGCUCAGCCAGACGGUGCAGGUGCGCCGGUGAAUGGCACAUCAUCAGGUCCUAAUCAACCUGCGACCGCGUCCAACAAUGCCCAGACUGCCGUAACGCCAGCGCAACGCGCUGUUGCUCAGGCGAAUGGCAGUUUUUCACCAGAACAGCUGAAUCUGUUAAGGACACAAAUCUACGCGUUCAAGAUGCUGUCGAAGAAUUUGCCCUUACCUCCGAAGCUACAACAGCAGCUGUUCCCGUCACUCAAACAACAAGCCGCUGCCCCAACCGACAAAGCUUCAACAAUCGAGAAGGGUGCGGAUGCUGCAGCAGAUAAGGAGGAUGCCGUGUCCAAGGAGCUUGCGCAAGCGAAGGCUCAUUUCGACUCUUAUCAAUCUCCUUACAGCCUCCUCGCAAAAAUGAUAAGUUUUUCAGAUCAUGCUCAGCGUGGCAAGCGACAGAAAAUCCCCAGCAUCAUGCCCAUAGGUAUUGACAUUGAGCAAGUGCGAGAAGAACAAGAGCGGCUUCUCUACAACCGAAUUCAGGCUCGCAAAGCUGAGCUCGCCUCCCAGUCUGCGAACGUAGCGUCCUGGGAUGUCAGCAGAUCUUCUGAGCCACAUGCCGAUGACAGCCUCAAAAUCAAGGCAUUGAUCGAGUUCAAGAAAUUAUGUCUGGUGCAGAAACAACGCGAUCUCCGACGAGAACUGCAGCAGGAUCUGUACUAUUAUGAUAACCUGGCCAUGACAGCAAAUCGAUCGAUGCACCGCAGAAUGAAGAAACAAUCACUUCGCGAGGCUCGAAUUACCGAGAAGCUUGAAAAACAACAACGAGAUGCAAGAGAGAACAAGGAGAAGACUCGGCAGUCCAAUCAUUUGCAGUCGAUCAUUGCACAUGGUCAAGACCUUCGCAACAACGCCAUCAGUCAACGUGGUCGGAUUCAGAAGCUUGGACGCAUGAUGGUUACUCAUCACCAGCACAUGGAGCGUGAAGAACAGAAGCGUAUCGAACGCACGGCCAAGCAGCGAUUGCAAGCCUUGAGAGCUAACGAUGAGGAGACCUAUCUCAAACUUCUUGGACAGGCGAAGGAUUCACGUAUCACGCACCUCCUUAAGCAGACUGAUGGCUUCUUGAAACAGCUCGCUGCCUCCGUCCGACAACAGCAACGUAGCGCCGCGGAGAGGUGGGGCGAAGACAAGUACAUGGAAGAAGAGGAAGAAGGCCCAGGUGACUCCGACGACGAGGAAGGAAGCGGAAAGGUUGAUUACUACGCGGUUGCUCACCGCAUCAAAGAAGAAAUCAACAUACAACCUUCGAUACUGGUUGGAGGUACUUUGAAAGAAUACCAACUGAAAGGUCUUCAAUGGAUGAUCUCACUCUUCAACAACAAUCUCAAUGGUAUCUUGGCCGACGAAAUGGGUUUGGGCAAGACGAUUCAAACCAUCAGCUUGGUCACGUACCUCAUUGAGAAGAAGCGGCAAUACGGCCCUUUCUUGAUUGUUGUACCCCUGAGCACUUUGACCAACUGGAAUCUAGAAUUCGAGAAGUGGGCUCCAUCGGUCAAGCGAAUUGUGUACAAAGGACCUCCAACCACUAGGAAGGCUCAGCAGCAAAGCAUUCGACAAGGGAACUUUCAGGUGUUGUUGACCACUUACGAAUACAUCAUCAAGGACCGGCCGAUCUUGAGCAAGAUCAAAUGGGUCCACAUGAUUGUCGACGAAGGUCACCGUAUGAAGAACGCGCAGUCAAAGCUCAGCAGCACCAUUACCCAAUACUACACCACCCGUUACCGUCUUAUUUUGACUGGCACGCCGUUGCAAAACAAUUUGCCUGAACUCUGGGCACUUCUGAACUUCGUGCUUCCUACCAUCUUCAAGUCGGUCAAGUCAUUCGACGAGUGGUUCAAUACGCCUUUCGCCAAUACUGGUGGACAAGACAGGAUGGAGCUUUCUGAAGAAGAGUCACUUCUGAUCAUCCGUCGUCUGCACAAAGUGUUGCGUCCCUUCCUCCUCCGUCGACUCAAGAAAGACGUGGAGAAGGAUCUGCCUGACAAGCAAGAGCGCGUCGUCAAGUGUCGAUUCUCAGCACUUCAAAACAGACUGAACGUGCAGCUGAUGACGCACAACAGGCUUGUCAUUGCUGAUGGAAAAGGUGGAAAGACCAGCAUGCGUGGUCUCAGUAAUAUGUUGAUGCAGCUGAGAAAACUGUGCAAUCACCCGUAUGUCUUUGAGCCCGUCGAAGAUCAGAUGAACCCUGGCAGAGGCACCAAUGACUCAAUCUGGCGAACGGCAGGCAAGUUCGAGCUGCUCGACAGGAUUUUGCCCAAAUUCCGCGCUACUGGACAUCGUGUCCUGAUGUUCUUCCAGAUGACUCAGAUCAUGAACAUUAUGGAAGACUUUCUGCGACUGCGGGGCAUCCAGUAUCUACGUCUCGACGGUGCUACCAAGGCGGAAGAUCGUUCGGAACUGCUGCGUGUCUUCAACGAGCCGAAUUCUCCCUACUUCUGCUUCUUGCUCUCAACUCGCGCUGGUGGGCUGGGUCUCAACCUGCAAACCGCAGACACAGUCAUCAUCUACGACUCCGACUGGAACCCCCAUCAAGAUCUGCAAGCGCAAGAUCGUGCUCAUCGAAUAGGACAAAAGAACGAAGUGCGAAUUCUCCGCCUGAUUACGUCCAAUUCGGUGGAGGAAAAGAUUUUGGAACGAGCACAAUUCAAGCUUGACAUGGAUGGCAAGGUCAUUCAGGCUGGUAAAUUCGACAACAAAUCUACUGCUGAAGAACGUGACGCCUUUUUGAAAACCUUACUUGAAUCCGCCGAAGCUGCCGAGCAAGCGGCGGAAUCAGAGGAAAUGGACGAUGACGAUCUCAACGAAAUCAUGGCUCGUACAGAAGAUGAAUUGGUUCUCUUCAAGCAGAUGGACAAAGACCGUGAGCUGAAUGACCAGUAUGGACCUGGGAAGCCAUUGCCGCGUUUGAUGGGCGAAGAUGAGCUUCCAGAAAUCUACAUGACGGAAGACAAUCCUGUUCAGGAAGAGGUGGAAGAGUACACCGGUCGUGGAGCUCGUGUCAAGACUCAAGUCAAGUACGACGAUGGCCUUACGGAAGAGCAAUGGCUAGCUGCUGUCGACGAUUCAGACGACUCUAUCGGUGAAGCGGCUGCCCGCAAAGCUGCCCGAAUUGAAAAGAGACGCACCAACAAAGCGAAGCGUGAGCGUGCGGCGACAGGCGUUGGAUCCUCACCGGAGCCAGAUCCCGAAAGCUCCGAAGAAGAGGAAGAACCUCAACCCAAGAAGAAAGGCCCGAGAAAAUCGGCUGGACAAAAGCGGAAAGGUGAUGACAUUGAAGAGGAGACACCGGCCACAAAACGCAAGCGUGGCAGACAGCCCAAGACCACGGACACUCUGGCUCCGUCGGACCGAAGUGCUCUGCAGAAAGCGCUCAAGAAAGUAUUUGAAUCAAUCAAAGCUUUGGAGGUUCCGGACUCGGACCCAGAAGACCAGUCGGAGGAUGAGAGCGAUGAUGAGCCACCUACUCGAUUGAUCAUUGGACCCUUCUUGGAACUACCGCCCAAGAAAUUGUACCCGGACUACUACAAUUUCAUCCAAGAUCCGAUCGCGAUGGACAUGAUUGAAAAGCGUAUCAACAAUCAUCAGUACACCACCCUGAAAGACUUCAGCAAGGAUGUUGCCCUUCUGGCAAAGAAUGCUAAGACAUAUAACGAGGACGGCAGCAUGCUAUACAACGACGCGAUAGCCAUUGAGAAUCAUUGCAACGAAGAAAUCGCGAAGCAGAUUAUGCACAAUCCCCAUCUGGCCAAUAUUGGAGACAAGUCUGCACAAGACGGUGAUUCUACUGCAGCAGGGUCAAGCGCUGGGACACCCCGAGGAUCAGUGGCGCCAGUAGGAGGCACCAAGUUGAGAUUGACAUUGGGAGGCGGCAGCAAUGGGUUUGCCACGAAUGGGACGACGAGUGGUGCAGCCAGUGGAACGGAAUAAUGUACUAUUGUACCAUAAAGCGAUCAAGGGAUUUUGGAGAAGAGAACAUGACCAUUGGGACUUUGACGGCGUCCGGUGAUAUUGAGGAACUGCAAUUGUGGCAUUGGCUUGGUGAGCGGGAUGUCCUUAUGACAACCUGACGAGGGUCGUGGGCGAUGGCUUCGAAUUCAGAUAGGAGAUGACUGUGAGACUAACUACCGCAUGGACCCGCAUGAACCAGCGUGUUCAUGCUGCAGCUAGCUACUCUUCAUGCUUGCUUGUUCCCAGACACACCACGAUCCAGG